AUGCCCCAAGUCAGGCACUUUGACUGCGUGUCCCGAUUAGGCAAAGCGCAAAAAGCUGCCUCCGAGGAGCAAAUCCGCGAUCUCGUCCACUCCGGCUCCAACCACGCGCCCGUUUUCUCUACCACAACACAUUUGGUUACUCUUUCGUUCUCCAUCUAUUUCAAUUACCUUCUAACCGCCAUCUCUGUCUACUUGAACACCGCGCCAAGACACCAGCUCCAGACAAAGGGUGGCAGCGACCAGCGCUGCCGCAUACACACGAUGGACUACGAGAUGGACCUAGAGCCCACAGGGCCCCAAGUAACCGUCCGCGAAGCUGAGCCCCUCCGCGUGGACUUCAGACUCAGCUCCGUGGACCUGGCAUUCGCCAACUCCCUUCGCCGCACAAUCCUCGCCGAAGUGCCCACACUGGCCCUCGACCUCAUCGAAAUCGAAAGCAACACCUCCGUCCUCCCAGACGAAAUGCUCGCGCACCGCCUGGGCAUGAUCCCCCUCAACUCCAAUAACUGCGAUGACCUGGAUUACACACGAGACUGCGACUGCGAGGACCACUGCGUGCGCUGCAGUGUGACACUCUCGCUGCACGCUCGCUGCGGUAGCGGCAUCAUGUCCGUGUAUGCGCGUGACUUGAUCGUCGUGGGCGAGCGUGUGAACGAGACGAUUGGUAACCCGGUCCUGAACGAUCCCGAGCAGAAGGGGCCGUUGAUCUGCAAGCUGCGGAAGGGUCAGGAGAUUAAGAUGACUUGCUUGGCUAAGAAGGGGACGGCUAAGGAACAUGCUAAGUGGGCACCUACUGCUGCUGUGGGCUUUGAAUAUGAUCCCAACAACAACCUCCGGCACGUGGAUUACUGGUAUGAGCAGGAUGCCGCGAAGGAAUGGCCUGUCUCUGAAAACGCCGCAUGGGAACCCGCAAAUGGCCCCGACCAGCCAUUUGACUACGACGCCGAACCCCACACCUUCUACGUGGACGUGGAGAGCAUCGGAAUGCUCGAGCCAGACAUGAUUAUUCAACAGGGCCUCAUCGAGCUGCAGCGCAAGCUAGCAACCACUGUCUCUGUCCUCUCAGGCGAAGGCGAAGACGGCCACGCCGGAGGCAUAGAUGAUGCCGAUAUGCUGGGCGCCAACGACCCUGAUGCCUAUGAGCCCCCCGAGGGCAUCGACGGUAACCUUACCUCCUACGGAAACGGAGCUGCCAGUGCCUGGGGUGCGAGCGCACAGACACCCUACGGUGCUACGCCUUAUGGGCAGACCAGCUAUGGGUUCUGA